AUGCGUUUCUCAACAGUCCUCUCAGCUCUUUUGCUAUCAAGCACCGCGCUCGCAACUCCAGCGCAGGUAUCCUCACCCGUAGAUGCUUCAUCACAGGGGAGUGUAGCAGACGAACAGUCGGUAGCGCAGACAACAGCAGUAGCCGAGGCCACUCCGGUUGCACAACAAAGUCCGAGCCCCAACCAGCAGAAUGCCAACGCUGCCAACCAGGAGCAGAGCGCCAACGUCAACACCCAGGCAGCACCAGCUCCCCCAACCAGCUCCGGCCCUCAGCCCACUGAAAAUGCUGAACCCUCGCCCAGCCCUUCUGCCAGUCAGAAGGACAGCAACCCGCUGAAUAUCCUGUCCAACCUGGUUCCAACGAACACUGCUGGUGAGCAAGCCCAAAGUGUCUCUACAGCCAUCACUCCAACUGCUGCUUCUGCGGAGAGCUCCUCUAACUCUGAGACCGCCACAAAAGCAGCUGCGCCAACCGCUGCCGGUAGUACUGGUUCAGGCUCAUCGUCUGGAGGUGCGUCAGACGGGUUUUCCGGAAACAUCUUCCAAGAUCUGCAGAAUCUGUUACAAGGCGUUUCGGGCCUCUUGUCUCCCACCUUGCUGAAGGAUAUCGAAUCCUUCUUCCACCACUUCGCAUACCUGUUUGACGACAAGACCACCGACCAGACCAAGUCUUUGAUCGAUACCGGAUACAACCUCCUCACCCCUGAGCUGACCAAGGAAGUGCUGGGCCUCUUGAGUAACGCCAACGCCUUGCUCACGCCCAGCUUCGUGAACGAGACGCAAGAACUGAUCGGCGCAGUCGGCCCGCUACUUACACCUCAACUGUUCAAGCAGAUCUCGACCCUGCUGAACAAUGGCAACAACUUGCUGACCGCUGACUUCGUCAAGGAAGUCAAUGGUCUGAUUGGCAACGCCAAUACUUUGUUGACUCCUGAUUUCGUCAAGGAGACUCGCGCCCUUAUUGAGGCUGUUGGCCCUCUGUUGACGCCUGAACUAUUCAAGCAGAUCUUAUCUCUGCUGAACAACGGCAACAGCUUGCUGACUGCGGACUUUGUCAAGGAGGUCAACGGGCUGAUUGGCAACGCCAACACUUUGUUGACAGCCGAUUUUGUCAAGGAGACUCGCGGCCUCAUUGAAGCUGUUGCUCCCAUUUUGACACCCGAACUGUUCAAGCAGAUUGGCACUCUCCUAAUCAACGCCAACACUCUGCUGACUUCCGACUUUGUCAAGGAGGUCAAGCAGCUCAUCAACGCUGUCGGGCCUCUGCUGUCGCCGGAUCUGUUCAAGCAGAUCAGCGGUCUGCUGAACAACGCCAACGACCUGUUGACUCCGGACUUCGUCAAGGAAACCAGAAGCCUGGUCGGCGGUAUUGCUCCUGUGCUGACACCCGGCGUGCUCGCUGAGGUUGGCGCUUUGUUGAGCAACGCCAACGACCUCCUCACGCCGACCUUCGUCAACGAAACCCAGGGUCUGAUUGGUGCUGUGGCGCCUAACAUCACUCCUCAACUCUUCAAGGAGAUCGGCAGCUUGCUAAAUAAUGCCAACUCCUUGCUGUCCACCGACGGCUUGCACGAGAUCCAGAGCCUGCUGAACAACGCCAACGAUCUGUUGACUCCCGACUUCGUCAAGGAGACCAAGGACCUGAUUGGCGAUGUCUCGCCCGUCAUCACGCCCGAGCUGCUGGGACAAGUUGGAGGCCUUCUGAAUAACGCCAACAAGCUCCUCACCACUAAGUUCGUCGAGGAAACUCAGCACCUGAUUGACAGCGUGGGACCGGCCCUGACCCCGGCGCUAUUCACCAAUGUCACCUACGUUCUGGGCAACGCCACCCAACUGCUGACGCCCAAGUUCGUCAACGAGACGAGAGACCUGAUUGACGGUGUCUCCCCUGUCAUCACACCCGACCUGCUUGUAGAGGUCGGCGGUCUCCUCAACAAUGCCAAUGAUCUGCUCACCAGGAAGUUCGUUAAUGAGACACAGGUCCUGGUCGAGGAUGCAUCUGAGGUAUGUUCCCUAACCCUUAAAUCCACAAAUUAA